AUGAAGACAAAAACUAUUAAGGAUUAGAGCAUCAAGCUUAAGUAUGAGAAAUUAAUUCAAUCUGAGACCUAGCUUAUCAAGAAAAAGAUGAGUUGUGACUGGCAACUAAAGGAACAAUCUAAUGAUGUGGAAUGGGCGAAACAGCUUUAUCAAUAUUUGAAAACAAGCUGUAAACGAAAAGAGAUUCAGGAAUAAACUUUGAAGUACUUCUCUGAAUUUUAUUGGACAAAAUACAGAGGAGACUAGACAAAUUCUUAGACCUAAGUCAAGUUUCAAAGAUUCUACACGGAUGAUAUCUCAGCAACGUCAAUUACUAAUCCCAAUAUCCUGAAAUCAAGCAUGAAGACUCAGAAUGAAUUAGAAAAGAAUCUUAGAUUCAGUAUGCAAUUAUUGGAAGAUGACGUAAAUGAUUCCUAAGAUCUCAAGAAUCAAAGAUAAGUCUUGAAAUCCUAUAAAGAUCUCUAGAGUGACGAAACUGGAUAGGAAGCAUUGUGCUUAUCAAGAAAGUUUAAUGAAUGUGCAUAGGUUAUAAAAAGACAUUUAGAGGAUCCAGAAAAUCCACUCUAUAAAAUUAUAAUAAAAUUUGAUUAGCUAUUCUACCAGCAGUAUAAUGAGCUGAUUCAAACUUCAUUUGAUAAAAUCAACAACAACCAGGCACCUAUUUUCAAAGCUGCGCCAAUUGUAUAGCAAGUUUAAUCAUUUGUCAAGACUAUAUUUCUAACCUUGCUAAAGUUUUACAGAAUUGAAUUGAAGCCUCAAGAUUUAAAGAAGGAUUUAUUGAUUAAUCUUGUAACUACUAUGGUCAUGCAGAAUCAGACUUACUCUAUUAUAAUGAAUGCUAUUUUGUUUGAAAACGUGCAUAGAAUAAAGAAAAUUCAGCAGAACAUGACGAGAUUCAAGCACCGAGUCAAUCUUUAGAAAUUGGGAGUGAACAAGUACUUUUAGUUUAGUCCAUCCUUUAAGAAGCUGGUAUAGACUGAUGAGAACUAACAUAUUGAUAUAAAGAAUGAAAAUGAGUCUAUUCAAAUGAAUAUAGAUUAAUUAGUUGAAGAAAAUAAUUAAAAUCACAUAAAUGGUAUCGGCAACUUUGAGAAAAGAUCAUUGACAAUUGAUAAAAGAGUAAAAAGAUCUUCAACUAAAGAGGCAAAUAGGCCUUUUGAAAAGACAAUUGAAGCAUUCAAAGAAAUACCAAAGCUUAACUCUCCAAUGAAAAAAUUAGAAUUUAUAUACUAGGUCUUUAAUUCUCUGAUGGUAAGUGAGAUUGAUGAAUUUUGGACUGAUGUUUAAAUUGACUCUAAAAAAUUGCAGGUAGAUUAUGAGAACCUUAAUGGCAUUGCUAUAUAUGUAGCUCUGAAGGCAGCAAUACCUAUUCUAAUAAUCGACAUCAUAUUUAUUGAAAACUUCGUAAGUCAAGCAGUGCUAUUCACAAACAGAGCUUACCAGAUGACAGUGCUUCAUAGUGCUCUAUCAUUUAUUGAGGAUAAUAUGCCCUCAUAUUGUGAAUCAAAAGAAAAAACUAAUCCUUUAAAGGAAAACAUGACGCCUUAGUUUGAGGAAACCGGCAGUUUACUUUUUUAAAACCCUCGAAGUCAAGGCUAGGAAUCAGAGAUAAUGUCCAGAUUGUUAGACAAUGGAGGAGAGAAUAUAUCUGAUAAAAAAGAGCAAGGAUCAAAGGAAAAGACUUAUUAGAAAAGUGUAUUAGAGGAGGAAAUGCUCUUCGAAUUAGAAUAAGAAAUGCUAAACAUUAGUUUGGAAAGAUAUAACAUCGCUUAAAGGUAAUUUAGCACAAGACUUAAGGAAAGUCCUAUAUAAUUGGUCCUCCAGAGUUUGCAGUAGUAGCAAUUAUUUACUCAAUAAAAUGAUGAUAUGCAUUUUGACGAUAAUUUAAUGCUAGCUGAACAAAAUAACAUCAAUAAGGCUAAGACUAGCAUACAUGUGGAUGCCGCCAGGACAAUCCACAUGAUGGUCAAUCAUAAAUUGCACAUGAAUUCUGUGAAAAAGAGUGAUAGUGUAUACAAUGAAAGUGAGAGCAAUAAUAACAACAAAAACAAUAGUAAAAAUAAUGAGGAAUUCAGCCAUAUUACCCACUCUCCAUCCUCAUAACUCUUAAAAAAUUUCAACAUAUAUUCUGAAAAUGAAAAGCUUUUGGAUGAUUAUUAUUACAGUAUCCAAUAGAUUAGAGAUAAUCACCUAGAUGAACAAAAAGAGUUUAAGCAUCACAGGGUUACAGCCAAAUGGAAUAAUAAUUAAAACAAGGAUGCUCUGAUCAAUGAAAUCAAUAAUCUUAAGGAUAAAUAGGUAGAUAUCAGACAGAACUCACUUAAUAAAUCGAUUGAUAUGACUAAAUCAUAAAUUACACUUUGA